CUAAGCUGCAGAUGUUUGGCAGCUGCAGACAGAGGAACUGCCUUAGAGGGAGUGAGGUUUGCUCGGCAAAGAAGGCACAGGACAAGAUCUGCGAAGGACCUAGUGGUAUAAUAUGCCUCUUCCACCACCCCCUUCCUCACCUCCACCCCCGUGUCCAGCAUCUAGAGAAUCUCUGAGCCUGAAUAGGCCCUUCCUACGAAGCCUGUUAGGAGGGCUGCGUCUAGCACAACUGCUGUUGGGUGCUGUCUGCUGGGUAACUUUAGCGGCACACAAGUAUGAAGGAGCGACCUACUUCGCAGUCUUUGCAGCAGUCCUGGUAUGGCUUCUUACCUUGGCUGUCUUUGGGCUCAGUUUAUUGGGCCGCUGGACUCUGAUACCUGUGGUGGGGACCCGCUGGCUUCUAACAAACAUACUUCAUGACCUGUUGCUUGGAGUUAUUUUCUUCACGGCUGCUGCAGGCAUCAUAGGCUACAAGGCACGGAGUAUCAGCUAUUGUACCCUGCGCGGUUACAGCCAGCCCUGCAGUUACACUGCCUACUUAACCGCUGCUGUCUUUGCUGGUAUUACUGCCUUCUUGUACUUGCUUUCGGGACUCUACUGUUUGGUACGGCGUUUCCAGGGGCACCAUGAUAUCAUCUGAGAGAUGCAAGAAGUUGAAGAACUACAAACAGACCUUAUUCAAAUAGAUGGACGAGCCUAGCAUGUAAUUAGUCCUAUAGAUAUCUUGCUCCAGACUCCUCAUCACCUUCCUGAGGAAACGAUGAUACAUCCCCUAUUUUUUUAACAGAGAUGAAUGCUCUUGCCUCCAGAUGGCUGAUCUUUUCAUCCACAGAUGGACACAUACUGUCAUGAUCCAGAAGCUAAAAAUGAUGUACCUUAGGAGGAAAACCUGGGAAGCGGAUUGUAGGUUUUCUCUCUCUUCCUUGUCUUCUUUCACUUUGGCAGGAGGGUUUCUAUGGGUCUGGGAAGUUUUGACCUGAUUUGUCCUUCCAACGUAUCUGAUUGCUGUAGGAAGUCCCUGGAAAUUCAGUAUUAUCACCUUCUGGGAUGCUCUAUUGGUUUUAUUAUUCAUACUAUCCUGUUUUGGGUCUUAGAAAUGAACGCUCAGAUUUUAUACCCUAAGGCCUUCAUGAGUUUCACUUUGUUUUUCCCAGGGAUAUUUUGUUUUAAUCAGAUAUUUAUAAAUAAUUACUUACUGUAAACUUCUAAAAUUUUGAAUACACCCCAGACAGCAUUUGUAGCAUUAUUAUGGUAACUUAUUUUUCAGAAACAGAGGAAUGAAGGCUCCUGCCAACUGAAAAUAUGCAUCCUCUAAUUGAAAGAGCUUAUUUUAAAUUCCAGAUGUACGCUAGUUAAAAUAAGAAAAUAUUGCCUGUUGAAUAUGCUCAGAAAUUACCUUUCUUUGUGGAUAUUGUUUAAUAUGUCCCAGAACUAAACAUUGCCCCCAUGAAUGGAUUCCAAGCUUAUGGGUUUCAAUUAACAGAAGAAUUUGCUCAAAUUAAGCCUUCUGUGAUCUUGUCCCAUAAAUGUUGCUCUGUGUAUUAUUACUUCACUUUGAUGAAAUCUCACUUAGUCAGUGUCCUGCAUUAAAGCAGUCUUCUCCAAAAUUAUUCCCUUCAUAAGUGUGGGACUCUAGUUUCCAUCUGAAGAGAAUUAUAGGAAUAUUUUUGUCCAAUUUUCUUGAGAGUACCAGAUUUGGAAAAGCCCUUUUAAAGCAAACCAAUCAUUACAGAUAGGAUGGAAUGUUCAUAGUGAUGGGACAAAGGAUAGUGAGCAGAGGCCUCACCCAGAAAUGGAAUUCAGAAAACUCCUGUUCCUGUUGGAGUCCAACGUGGAUGAAUUAAGAAUUUCAUGGAGGAAUGGUGCUGCCUGGCACUAUAACAUCGUAUCAAGUGGUACCUGUUAUCUUUCAAAUAUCGGAACCAGGUCCAACAAGAAUUUGCAUCACAUAAACAGAAUGUUUCAGUAUGCUCAUGGAUGUCACUGCCUGCCUUAGGACAGGAAAAGUACCUCUGAAAUACAGAUGGUUCUUGGGCACAGAAUAUUAUGCUUUUUUGUCAAGCUUCCUGAGCAGCUACCAAGACUGCCUCUGGCAAAUCUCUACAUUAAUGUGCUUUUAUACCAGUAGUAUAAAUGGUAGAGUUGGCAUUCCCUUGACAAAAUCUUAUUAGAAAGGAACUUUGUUCCAGCAAUAGCAAAUGAGAAGCCAACUUCACAACCAUUUAUUCAAUGAUGUCUUAGGACUGGCUACAGGAGUUUCAAAAUGACUGAUCUGUUUGAACCUCAGACACAUUCCUGAAUUUCCUCCUCAUCUACUUACUGAAAAGCUUGAUUCCAGCCAUUUUCAUCUCUGUUACUAUGCUCAGUAAAACAUACCUGAGUGCACUCACCUUGGAACAUGAAGGAAUGGCUCUAUGACAAUUACUUUUCACAGAAGGCACCCUUCUUCCUAGAUCAGCUGUAGAUUCUUUGGCCAGGAUGCUGUAAAGACUGAGCCCAGGAGAUUUUAUGGUGCAAUGUCAUCUUCAAUCCUGAGGCACGAGGAAGUUGUUCUGUAUGGAACCUUAAUCUUCAGACAUGCUGAACCCCAAGAGCAAUUUGGUUCUAUGCUAUGGGCAGCCCAUCAGUGGAGGAUUGCUGUGCCAUUCUACCCAUUUUCUUACUAGGGAUGGGAAGAGCAAGGAAAAGUGUUGUUGCUACUUCUAACUACUGUUAACAUGCUCUCAACAAAAUGUAAUAUAUCUGGGAAUGGCUACAACAUCCAUUUAGUUUGGAGUCUCAUGCCACAACAGAUUAUUCUUGGAGAUGAAAUCUGGGCAAAGGCUUUCUCAGUAGGAGGAGAUGCAGAACAAGCUGUUUGAGGUAGAAUAAAUAUUUAGGGUAUCUGGAUCAUUUUCCCCUUCUUUUCAAAAGUUCCCACUUUGGUCCUUACACACAGAUUUCAGUUCCUGCAUCAGAAUCUAGACAUGCUUUGUCCUGAUAAAGAUUACAUUCUAGAUCCUUUCCUGAAUUCUGUAAUUAACUCACUUUCUGAAUAAAAUUGUGUACAGCAAGCAUAAUCUGUUAAAUAUCUCUGUUUUAAACAUUGAUGCAUUUUCCUCUCCAAAUGCAGCCAGGAAAGAGGAUAGGGGAAAAACAUAGGUAUGAGAACAAGGAAAAUAUAACUUACAGAGAGAUGAGGGGGAAUAUGGUUAAUAGUAGGUAAGAAGCACUUCACUCAUCUUUGGCUGUGAAAAAAAUAGCAAUUACAGAUUAAAUAACUAAGAAUUUGCUAAAUUCCACGACACCAAAAUAUAGUGCCUGAGAUUUCUGCCUCACUUAUUUAAUGCUAGGACUGGCCCUGUGCCUUGUCCCUGCAAGGUGGGCGUUCCAGGUACUGUAAGAUAUAAAGGAAGAAAUCUGAUUUGGAGACUGCAUGAACAAUGUAGAUCUUUCUUUCAUGAGCUCAGUGAUUUUGUGAUAAUUUCUCUCUCUAUAUGCAUGACUGCCAUCAGCUGUUAUCUUAACCUCUUAAGCCCUCCUUUGCACAAGUUAGUCCUGCAACUAAGUAUUAACACCUACUGUCUUCAGUUAGAUGGUGUUUUACAUUUGAAAUAAAGGAGUUGAUUGGAUGCUACUAACAGAC